GUCGCAACUUUCCAUGUGCGUGUAUGGCUGUACUGCGUGUACGCAAACGACAAAUCGCGCGAUAGAUUCGGCAGCUUUCUUGCUUCUGCUACUUCGUCAUUCGCGAUGGAAUUUGCAUUCGACGACGAUGUCUUCGACUCUCCAAGGAUCAGGUGUAGCGAGCCUGGAACUUCGUACAACGCCAAGAUCUGUGAAAGCGAGUGGUUUCUCACCGCCACUACUGACGACCACGAAGAGAAGAUGAUGCUGGAAAAGUACAAGGGAGAUUAUUAUUACGCGAGAAACGACUUUCGCAACGCGUUGGAGGUCUACGAGCGUUGCUUGGAUCUGGCGCCGAAGUCCGCUACCUCCGUGAAACGGGAUUGCGUCGAAGGAAUGUCCAGGUGCUGCUUGAAACUGGGCCGAAACGACGAAGCCUUGAAAUACGCCGAUACCUUGGAAACACUGGCGACGAACAGCGACCACAGGGUCGCUGUGUGGAUGCUGCAAUCUGAGAUAUACAACCAGACGAAAAACGCAACUGAGGAGAGUGCAGCCCUCUGCAGGUGCCUACUGGUCCGACCUUGGACGUCUGAUCUUUGGUACAAGCUUUCGGUAUGCUGCUUACGCCAGCUUGAAACUCGGAGUGACGUUGGUAACCUGCCUCUCAAGGCUGGCGCAUGCCUUUUGAAGACGAGAAUGCUGUACCAGGGGGCACUGUCAGGGAAUCAGUCCUUUGCAAAAGUGCGCAACCUCAAAAUGCUUUCUGAGGUCGAACAGCUGGUCUCAAGCCUAGAACUUCCAGAAGAUUUCACAACGCAGGCUCUGAAUGAGUUUGAAAAAGACAGCGAUACCGUAAAUGGGGCUGAAAGUGAUGAGGAAGCAGAGUCACUCUUGUUACUGGGAAUGAAAGCUGCAGAUGUGAGGUCCAUGUUUGAGGAGCGUUGGCUUUCUUGGAUUCUACAGUACAAGCCUGACAGCAAAAGUCCUAAUGAGCAGUAAGUCCAGGCAGAGCAAAUGUCACCUGUACAUUAUUUACUGUGCGUCUGUACAAAAUAAAGUCACAUACACUUCACAUCUCACA